UCAGCUGUCCACACAACAUAACUAUUUCACUGCUCGGUUCCAGUACCCAUCCAUAUAAAAGUAUUCCUGCUAUUUUGAUUUUGUCUCCAAGUAUUUACACAGCAGCCAGUGGAUGCAAACUCUACAAAGACAAAUAUGUCCUAUCAUGGCUCAUGGGGUCGUAGCACUUAUGAUCGUACUGCUCAUCGCACCAAUGGUCAAUUUCCCUCCGCGACGAGAGCGAGAUCGAAGCCUUCUUCUAUUGAUGGUCCUUCUACUCCUACUCGUGGGUGGAGUAAUAGUAAUCAUAAGACUUUUAACCGGUGAGCCGUUCCCCGUCUCGAUUGGCUCACGGCGUCAAUUUUCACGUUUCCAUAGCAUGUCUACUGACGGUUGAUAUUUUAUUUCAUAGGUCAAAACCCAUCGUAACAUCCGCUCUUCGAUGUCUGGUUGGAAAGUUCGAAGCAAUGGAUGCUUUGAGUCUUCCGAUUCAAGAUCCCACGCUUCAGCCGGCACCAUUGCAUUCAGCGCGAAAUUCUCCUCGAAAGAGAAGCAGAACACGGGAUUCUUCACAGAAACGAUUAUCGACAAUCUUGAGCCCGACGAGUAGGGGUUUAUCGAAGGAUGAGAGUGUUUUUCUUGAUGAAUAUCUGAGGAAUAAUACUUGGGGUGAUACUCCUAGUAGUACGAAAUCGAUGAUGCUCAGAUCUCAAAACAGGCAAUUUCAAUCACGACGAUUGAAGACACCACAGCAGUUAGUUAAAGCUAUCAAGACCCCGUCGAAGAGCGAAAAUCGAAAUAUUUCCUCGAGAUCUACCUCUAAACAUAGAAAUACUACGAAAGUCGAAACCCCAGCAUAUGCGAUACCAAAGAAGUCUCCAAAUAAGAAGAUAGGAAACAUGAUUAAGGACCGAAUACGCUUUUUCGACGGAAGUCCCGACGAGAUAUUUCCCUCGAGUCCUCUGAAGACAAGUCCUCCAAAGACUGGGCCAUCUAAAUUAGCUCCAAAUCAUGAUUUGCAUCAUCAAAAUGUUGAAUCUUCCCCAACUUCUUACAAAACAGUUAUCGAAACCCAAAAUCCAGCGUAUAAGGGAGCAGCCGCGGGCUCGGUAAACUUCUCGAGAACAUCAGAAUUGGCUAGAGAGAAAAACAUAUUUUCAACACCUGCUAAAUCGCAAUAUUCGCCUCCAGCAUCGAGGAAGCAAAGAAAGUUUUUUGGUGAGGCAAUUCAAAAUCCUUUUCUGGCAUCUCAAGAAUCGUCGGAAAAGACGAGAUCUUCGAUUACUAUUUCACCCCAUACUUUACCGACGAAGCCACACCUAUUUUGUAGACUUAAUUCGGAGACGAAAGGUAUGUGUAUUAUGACUUGAUUAGUUUUCACAAGACUUAACCAAUUUCUUUGUUUUCACAAUUAAUUAUCCUAUCGAUGAUUUACUUUUUUGAAGCGACGCUGACUUUCAUCUCCAGUUGACCUAAGUCCUCGGGGUAGUUCAUUAGCUCGAUACGAGGUAAACACUACACCGACGCGAAAUUUUGACGCCCCGAAAAUCUCAAGACCAAGAGGAAGAACUAUCCCCGGUCGUAAAGAUCCCAAGACGGGCAUUCAGAAAGAUGUUGAUAGUCGACGCAACCAAAUCAAUGAGAAAAUCGAAGCCAUAUACCAAGCCAAGGCUGAAGCACGAAAAGCUCAAAAUCAAGAGAAGAUUACCCUACAAGAAUGCUACGAGGUAUCUCCUAUGCCCAAAAACGACGGAAAAGAAGAUGAUGUUAGGAAACCUCAACGAAUCAAGGAUACUACCUCUUUUCGAUCGAAAUCGAAAGUUGCCGAUAUGAGAUUGCGAUUUGAUGGUGGUGCAUCUUUUGCUUCUACCGUAUUGCCAGGUUCUGCAUCUAAAGAUGCAGAUCGUGGAACAGUGUCUCCAAUUAAAGAUUGGGGAGUUCCUUCAGUUAUACCUACUCCUCCACCUGCCCCACCACCCCCUGUUUUCUCAUCGCGUCUUUGUAGGAAGGGGAUUAUUACUCCCAAGCAUCAUCUUCCUCUUUCCGUUCCACCUUCUAAAACUCCCAAAUCUCCCUCUCCGAGAAAACAGACUUUAUCGGAAAUGCUCGUGCAGAGGGUAUCUACUUUACCAUUGGAAACACCUGAGAGAGUAGCGAUACCGGGACGUUUACAAACACCCAAAGGAAAACCUCAUAUGAUAGAUGUAGGUGCCUCGCCAAUAUUAUCACAGCUUGGGAAAUCGGCAAUUAAGACAUGGCCACGAUCGGGUAUUAAGAAACCGAAACAAAUAAGAAAUGGUUUGAUUGCAGAAAAGUUGAAGAUGUUUGAAGAGAUUUCGAGGAAAAAUGAUGACGGUGUUAGUCCUGGGAAGGGAAAAAACAAGGAUAGUGACAGUAGUAGGCAAGUUGCGAAUGGUAGGAUCGCGAGGACGUUGGUGGAUGGGAGGAAAGAAUGUUUUGAGAUGAGUCCUGCCCGAGAUGGAGAAGACAGGAAUAUAAAUCCUAUAUUCCCAAGUGUAAUUAUAGCGCGAGAAAAGUGGCAAGGAAAGGAAAAGGAGAAGGAAAAAGGAGAACAGAAAGUCGAAGACCGUGCUGAUGCCAUCGAAGUAAUUGACCAAAUCUCCCCACCAACGAAAACGAGACCACAAAGUCGAGAACCCAGAAUCGAAAAUAGACAACAUGUGGUUGGUCGGUGGAAUGAAGUCUCGGGGAUGAAUCAGGGUGAGGGCGAGGGUGAUAUAUUGGGUCAUUUACCCAUUAAAAGAGGAUUAAGAUGCAGGAUGCAUACGGGUGGGAUGGAUUGACUGAGGGGAGAGAGAUUGAGGAGUGGGGGUUUGAUUGAUGGAGGAGGUGGAAGGGUGGUGGGAGAUGGGGAAGGGAGAAUGGAAAAUGGAAUGGAAGAAGGGAAGGAAAAGAAUAAAAAAGUUAAAUGAAGAGGAUGGUGGAGAUUUGGGGAUAAAGAAAGUUGAUGAGAGAACAGAGAGAGGAAACUGGAGAAAUGAGGGAUGGAGCAGAGAGAAGAUGGAUCAAUUGGGAAAAUGCUAUUAGG